AGGAAAAUGGCUUGGCAAAGAUAGCCCAGCAUCCCGCGCUCGGCAUCCCGCGCUGUCGUCAUCUGCACCCUGCGAAUCACAUCCGAACGCGCCCGAGGCUUCCACCAAAGCCGCGUGCUUGAUAACAUCAUGAGGCUUCUCAGCAUGUCGACCUGUCUCACAUCUUUUUUAUCGCCUGCCUGCUGACAUGCCGUGGCACAGCUGGUGUCCUGAAGUCAUCGCAGCAACAUUCCAUCCGUCCAAAGCCCGGGAAUACCCACCUCGGACUUUCUGUAUGUGAUGCCAAGAGUAUCUGGAGUUUCUUCAGCGGUAGCGACGGCAUGACCGAGACUGAGAUUGUAGUUUUUGCGAAGGCGCUCUCGAGAGUGCUGGGCUGGGUGUAUUUCCUCUGCUGGUCAGGAUCCUUCUACCCUCAGCCAAUAUCCAACUUUCGGCGCAAGAGCACCCUCGGCCUCGCGAUCGACUUCCCUACCCUAAACGUCCUCGGCUUCUCCUGCUACACCAUCUCGACAGCCGCCUUCCUCUACUCGCCCACAAUACGCUCGCAGUAUGCAUACCGCCAUCCUUCCAACGCAGAGACGACGGUGCGAUUCAACGACUUCCUCUUUGCGGGACAUGGAGCUAUACUAUGCGUUAUCAUAUACAGCCAGUUCUUCCCCGCGGUAUGGGGGUUCAAGGUCGGCUCGCGACAGAAGGCGAGCAGGGCUGCGCUAGGCAUAUUUUGGGGCAGUAUCCUGGGGAUACUGAUUGUGGCACUGCUUGCGCAGACUUGGGGGAAGGAUGGAGGAUACGAUCCUGAGGGAUGGGCUUGGAUUGACGUGAUUUAUGCACUGGGAUAUGUCAAGCUCAUUACCGUCGUGGUCAAGUACAUGCCCCAGGUGUGGGUGAAUUAUAAACGAAAGUCAACAGUAGGAUGGAGUAUCUAUCCGAUGCUGCUGGAUUUUGCUGGGGGCUGGCUUUCCUUAGCACAGCUGGUGAUCGACUCUUCACUUCAAGCUGACUGGACCGGCAUCACAGGUAAUCCAGUCAAAUUCGGCCUGAGCAACAUCUCCAUCGUCUUUGACGUCAUUUUCAUCCUUCAACACUAUGUCCUAUACCGCCAUCCGCCUAAGAACAUCGAUGAGGGCGAGGAAGACUGGGGUAGCGAGCAAGAGCGCCUCCUAUCACCGCGCAUUCACUAGCUCGAGGCGAGCACGGUGUUCCCCGGAUCGGGACAGCAUCUCCUCGUGCUAAGCACGUUCGGCCGUUGUAUAGCGCCGCUGUUCGACGAAAAAGGAAAGCCACCAACUAGACGCAGGGGAACAGUUUGCGCAUCGCGGAAGUAGUU